AUGUCUAUAGUAAGGCUUAGUUCGCUGUCCCGGCUUCUGCGGGAACAGGUGGCACCUGGGACUCGGCUGUGUCUCGGUUGUCGCCGAGUCCUUGACGGAGGCACACACACAUAUUCAUCUUCUGCCAAGCCAAAAGAUGAGAUCCUUGUCAGCGGACGGUUGGAACUCGUUGAAGUCCUGCAGACUCGAGUGCAGCAACUGCAAGCGGAUGAGGGUUUACUUUUGCAAGAAGCUGAAAGCAAGAAGCUUCAUCCACACCAAGAGUUAGGGAAGAUGGAAGAAAAUAAGAAAGUGGUGCAGACUCCUAAACGAUGGAUGGAAAAGCUGAAAAGUGAGCAGAUUGCAAAAAAUCUGAAGCAGAAAGCGUUGAAUGGUGUGGAGAGUACGGACAUGACUUCACCUAAGAGAGAGGCCAACCAAGCUCAGAGGAAGCUAACAAAAAAUGCCAAGAAGCUUCAGAAAAACAGUGUAGUAAUGCAUCCCUCAAUGUCACAUCAGAUACCGGAGGACAAAAAUAUGGAGAAUGUAGACAAGGCUUUAAAUCAGGACAAUAGACUUUUACUGGAGGACAAGGAAGGAAACCGUCAUGGAGGAGUCAAGCAAAACAUUAAGUGUUACUUGGAGGUCUGCAUAUUCUUGGGAGAACUGAGCAAAGCCCAGAAUUGCUUACAGUAUUACCACCAGCAUAUCUCAAGAAGAGGACUGCUAAAUAUUUCCAUGUACAACCUUCUAAUGAGUGCCUGGGCCAAAGAGGCAUCGUUUUCUCAAGUUGGGCGCCUAUUUGUAAUGUUGCAGGAGGCUUCCCUGAAGCCAAAUCUGGGAUCCUAUGCUGCUGCACUGGAAGCAAUGGGUCGCACUGAGUCCAACACAAAAGCCAUUCAGAGAUGUUUGAAGCAGAUGAAGGAAGAUGGGAUGUCUGUUGAAGAGCUCUUUCAGGGCCUGCCUUAUGUUGAGGAUGAGAGGGAGAUGGUUCUGAAAGCCAUUCAUCAAGUUAUACCAAACUUCGUGCCCCCUUCUAAAGUCCACAUUGUCUGCAGCUCCCCAUUGGUCAAUAAUUUCUACAGUAAAGAAUCGCCACCUUUUUACCCCAAAAUGGGGUUCACAGUGUCUGAUUUGCAAGAAAGAUUUAAAGAACAGUUGAAAACCGAGAGCAGUGAAACAGUGACUAUAAACUCUGUGGAGGCUGUGAAACCAGUGCAUGAGGAAAGAAUCAAAGCGAGGGAAGUGCUGGAUAGCCUGCGUUCUGGAUGGCGCAAAGAUCUUCUCCAUGCCUUCCGCGAUUCCAAGAAUCACCUGGAAAAAGUCAACAGGAAUUCACGCAGAAUAAACCUGUACCCAUAUCUGUGUCUGUUGGAUGAGGAGCAUUAUAUCGACAUUAUGCUACAAAUGUUGUCCAAGAUUCCACCUACAGGAGAAUCGUUCUUACUACUUUCUCAAGAUCUUGGAAUGAAAAUCUACAAUAGGUUUUCAAUCCGCAAACAAUUGCAGGGAAGUCACAUGGACAGAAUUCGGUAUUUGUAUAAGGAGUACAGCCAGUUGUUAUCUACAGAGGGAAAGAUCUCUUGUCUUCUUCCAAGGGAAUUGUGGGAGAACUUGGAACAUGAAAAAUUUGGAGGCUCAUGUUCGCCACGUGUACAUUCCUCAUGGCCUCGAUCUCUUUUAGUACAAUUGGGAACACACUUGGUAGAAUUAAUGGUUCAAACAAUAAAAUUGAAAAAUAACAUGUACAGUCUUCGAAGUGAACAAAAACUUAUACCAGUACUGUAUCACAUGUAUUCUUUCCGCAGCACACGCCAGAUUGGCCUCAUCAAACCACACCCAAUUUACAGCCAAAUAUUGUUGGAUGCUGGAGAGAUGCUACUAACUUUUGAAACUGCUGUAAUGCCUAUGCGAUGUCCUCCAUUGCCUUGGACUUCUCCCCACUUUGGAGCCUACCUACUUUCUCCUGCCAAGCUUAUGCGAUGCAAUGAGGGAGCAGUUCAGCAUCUAUUACUUUUGGAAAAAAGUGCACCAGGGCAACUGUUUCCAGUGCUAGAUUCUCUCAACCAGCUUGGAAUAUGUGCAUGGCGGAUUAACCAGCCAAUUCUUGAUAUUAUUGUGUCCAUCUUUAAUGAUAAAGGCAGUGAAAAGCUGGACAUUCCUCCACCUCUCUCAGAAGCUCCUGCUCUUCCAGUUCAAAAACUAGGGGCACUGAGCUCCUGGGACAAAUUGUCAUAUCAAAAGGAGCAAUCACGUUGCAGGAAGAAAGCUGCUGAAAUGUUUAGUCUGCGAAUGGAUGCUCUGUAUAAACUGUCUAUUGCCAAUCACCUGAGGGAUCAGAUUUUUUGGUUCCCUCACAACAUGGACUUCCGUGGCCGUACCUAUCCUUGCCCUCCAUAUUUUAACCAUUUAGGAAGUGACGUGACACGUGCUUUGCUGCUGUUUGCUGAAGGCCGACCACUAGGAUCAAAUGGUCUAGAUUGGUUGAAGACUCAUCUCAUCAACCUUACUGGGCUUAAGAAAAAAAGCUCUCUUCAAGAACGGAAGCAGUAUGCAGAUGAAAUCAUGGAUGACAUACUAGACUCUGCUGAUAGACCUCUGACUGGUAGGAAAUGGUGGAUAGAGGCAGAUGAGCCUUGGCAGACAUUGGCAUGCUGCAUGGAAGUUGCAAAUGCAACCCGCUCUCCAGAUCCUACUAAAUACAUUUCUCAUUUUCCUGUUCACCAGGAUGGAUCAUGUAAUGGCCUCCAGCAUUAUGCUGCUCUGGGAAGAGAUGAAAUUGGAGCCAGGUCUGUGAACCUUAUGCCCAGUGAGAGUCCUCAGGAUGUAUAUAGUGGAGUUGCUCAACAGGUGGAGGAAUUCCGUAAGAUUGACGCCAAGAAAGGAAUAAAAAUUGCUCAGGUACUUGAAGGGUUCAUUGGGCGUAAAGUGGUAAAGCAGACAGUAAUGACUGUGGUGUAUGGUGUGACUCGAUAUGGAGGAAGGCUUCAGAUUGAAAAAAGACUACGAGAAAUGGACUCUUUUCCACAGCAAUAUGUCUGGGAUGCCUCCCAUUAUCUGGUCCAGCAAGUGUUCACUAGUCUAAAAGAAAUGUUUUCAGGCACAAGAUCUAUUCAGCACUGGCUGACCGAAAGUGCUCGCAUGAUCUCGAAGUCUGGAAAUACAGUGGAGUGGGUGACACCUCUGGGGCUCCCCAUUAUACAGCCUUACCACCGUAGCAGGAAUGUCAUGUUCCACAGUAACCUGCAGAUGGUGUCCUUGGCAAAUAAACAUGAUGCUAAUGAACGACCAGAUACCAUGAAGCAGAAGAAUGCUUUCCCUCCUAACUUUAUCCACUCUCUGGAUUCCACGCACAUGAUGCUCACUGCAUUGCACUGUCACAGACGCGGCCUAACUUUUGUGUCUGUUCAUGACUGUUUCUGGACACAUGCAGACACUGUGGACAUGAUGAACAAGGUUUGCCGGGAACAGUUUGUGUCUCUGCACAGUCAGCCUAUAUUGCAGAAUCUUUCACAAUUCUUGAUAGAAAAAUACUGUCACAAUGCAGAGUCUAACAACACUGAAAACCUCAAAAUGAUGAAUCUCUUCAAGGACGUUCCAGAAACAGGAACAUUUAACCUGGAGUACGUGAAGGAUUCUACCUAUUUCUUCAGCUGAGCAUACUGUUGCUUGUAGUCUGGAUGGAGUGCAGCUGAGGAUCUGCACCAUUACUUGAUAUGGUUCUGUAUAGAUGUUGCUGUGUCUGUCACAGCAGUUACUGUCUGUGUACCCUUCCUGUGGAAGCUUCAUUCCCCAUAUGCUUACUUGGGAGCCUUGCGUACUGUGGUCUGAGGAGUUGGUGUAUAAAUAAAUUGUCAAUGGGUUUUUAUAAGCUUCGAGGUUGUUUGUCUAUAUAGAGUAACCCAGUGUUUUCCAACC